AUGGAUGAGGUUGAGGUGAAGCGAGGAUACAACGAAUCUGUACAGCUUGGAGAACGAUAUCUCAAAUUCGACUCUCAGCAACUCCUGAAGGCGGCAGUCUCGGCGGUCUCAAAUGAGGGUGCUCGGUAUUGCACGAGAGUUCUCAAGUGUCGUGAAGGACUCAACAAUAAGGCUUACAUACUCACCAUGGACAACGGCUCCGAACUCUUUGCAAAGCUUCCGAAUCCAAUCGCCGGGCCUGCUUUCUAUACAACAGCAUCAGAAGUAGCUACUCGCCAAUUCGUCAUCGGGGCAGAAUAUAUUCUGGAGGAGAAGGCUCCGGGAAGGCCACUUGGAAGCCUAUGGUAUCAGUGGCCGAUGCACUCCCGACUUGACAUCAUACGGCAGAUUGUGGAUAUAGAGCAGAAGCUUGCUGCGACGACUUUUACAAAAUCAGGCUGCAUCUACUUCAAGGAUGACGUCCCGGCGAAUUUGUCCAGCGAGCUGGAGGUCAUGACUGGUGUGCAAAUCCACUCCUCGGUACUUGAGCCGUUCGAAAUAGGCCCGCUAGUCUCGAGCGAGCUCUGGCGUGGCAAAAGAGCUGGUAUGAACAUGCAUAGAGGGCCAUAUAAUGAGCCGCUUGAGUUUGUGGGAGCCAUGGCUGCAAACGCAAAGCGUUAUAUCACAACGCACGCCCGUCCUCGCAUGAACUACCACCGAUCCCUCACCGAACCCGAGUUACCUGAAGAAGUUCUCGAUCUGCUAAACCGUUAUCUCCGUCUCUCUUCAUCUAUGGUUCCUCCCCUGGGAACGGUUGACACACACUCACCCACACUUUGGCACCCAGACCUUCAUCUUGACAAUGUUUUUGUUGACCCGGACUCGAAGAAAAUUACCCGCAUAAUUGAUUGGCAAUCAGCUUCCGUUAUGCCUUUUUUCUACCAAUGCGGCGUCGCUCGAAUGUUUCUGUGUCCAUGGCCAAUUGCAAAUGAGAAUACCAUACCGAAACUUCCUGACAACUAUGACACCCUCGAAGCAGACGAGCAAGAAAAAAUCGAAGCAGACCACAAGACCGAAGUCUCCUUCGUCUGUUACAAAGGCUUGACACAGCGGGAGAAUCCAAGGCAUUGGGCUGCCCUCCAAUUACAAAAGCAAGGUCUCGAAGUGCGAACGCAACCAUCACGCCUAGUUGUUAGAGUAUGGGAGGACCACGAUGUGUUCUUCCUUCGAAGGGCGCUGCUGGAAAUAAUUGGACAAUGGGAGGACCUCUGUCCAGACGCUGGACCUUGUCCAGUGAGCUUCACCGAGCAGGAGUUGAAACUGCAUGAGAUCGAGGAAGACAGUCUGAGCGAUGCUGCGGAAAUAAUGAGAUUGUUUCGAGAUAAUUGGGGACUACCUGCAGAUGGGAUGGUGGAGCCCAGUAGGUUCGAUGAAAUCCGCACCGCUGUGGAUGAGCCUAGGGACUCCUUUAUUUCCGGGGCUGAGGAAGAUGCGGAGAAAGCGGCGAAGAUAUGGCCGUAUCAAGAUCAGGAUACGGACGUCUAGAUGGCAUAUUGACGCAAUGGUGUGCUGAGAGAGACGUCGUAUGCCCUCAAAUCUUAACGCUCAAAUCAAGGGUUAUAAUAUACUAGCUUAUACUACUAUUGAAAAAUCUAACUUAAGAUUUUUAAAGAGCUUAGGUAGCCAAUUACAAGUCGUC